CGCUGUAGAAAUCUUUAUCACAUUCUCAACUAUAAAACAAUCGCAAUUCGGCAGAGAUGAAGCAGAAAUCGAAUAACGUUCUGUUAGAAUACACACCGCAUCAAUUUAGUAAAAUAUAUAUUUUAAGAAUGAAAUUUCUUGCCGCGUUGUGUUUGGCGCUUUGCCUUUUCGUUGUUGCGUGUCAUGGCGUGCCGGUGGAGAGGGAAACACUGCUGAGUAUUGAAAAGGCGCAGCCAGUGGCUGUAGUGGUCGCGGAAGGUCAGCCUCAAGAGCUGCGACGUGUCGCACGGGGUUUCGGCGGUGGCUUCGGUGGCGGUUAUCCUGGCUUUGGUGGACUUGGCGGUUAUGGCGGUUACCCAGGCUAUGGUGGCUAUGGCGGUUUUCCGGCCUAUGGUGGUUACGGCGGUGGUUACCCUAUUGGUGGCUUCGGUGGAGGUUCGAGCAGUGCCGUUGCAAGCGCUAGUUCGGGUAGUGGUUACCAAUUCUAUGGUUAAGCCAUUGCCACUGGUGUGUCAAUAUUUUAAGUGUUAAUUAAGCGAAUGUAUUUUAAUUAAAAUUAGAGAAACAUAUUAUAUUAAAUUUGUAAUAGUAUGUGAAGAAGUACUAAGUAAAUCUAUGAAAGAAAAUCGUAUG